CUGAAGGAUGACCAAGGGACUAUCGUAAGCUGUUGCAGGGAACAACAUCAUGAGCUCACUCCAGGCUCUCUACAACCCUUCUGGAACCGACUGCGAUGCCGUCAAGAUCCAGCAAAGUUCUUACUAUAAGUUGAUAUCUGGCGCUCCGAUUUUGUCGAGCUGUAGCAUCUUCUAGCCAGCUGACAGGCGGUCACUAUGCCAGCUGUUGUCAACCAUGGUGGCCAGGUGCCCUUUGACUUCCAGCCUUCCUUAGGAUAUCCUUUAAACCCAUCAAUCACGUCCAAGACAAAUACACAAGAAUCAGAAUCUACUAUCCGCAAUAGUGCUACGGAACAACGCUUUAUUAAGCCUGCGCCGGCCAAUAGCAGGUCUACUCCUGACUCAAUUGUUGUGAAUAUAACGGCCGGACCUGAACAAAGCCCUACAUUGGAUAGCACACACGUUUCUGCGAGUCUUUUCUCAACCAUUCUGAAAUACUUGACGUAUCCAAAUACAUGUGAGAGCAGCGAUACCCGGACAGCAUCCAGCCCUAAGGGCUAUAGUAAGACAAUAUCAAAACCAAGUCUGCUGUCUUGGGUCGGGGUCAAAGCUUCUGCGUGGCUCAAUAUAUGCGGUCUAAGGCUCGUAAAUUCUUGGGACAGGACCCGAUAUAGGCACGCUGCGCAGAGUCAGGACACGACACAUCAGGGCAAGGACUCGAUGAGCGGGCACUCUGUUUCUGACAUGUGGUCCGAGACCGGAAUGAUGACCCGAGAGAUUCCUGAUUACGUCUUUGAAUACGCACCGCUAGUACACCUUUACUCGGGUGAGAAAUACUGGCCUGGAGACAUUGGAGAUCAUCUGAUACAUACAACUCCCCACCUCAACUACACGCCAAUUCAAGCACAGUCAGAUCACCCAAAUCUGACCAAUCUGAAUGAUCUGAACCAAUGGGGACGAUUCGUGUAUCUUCAGAGUGAUGACAAUGUGGAAGAUUACCCAGAUUGGCUAGGUGGUCAGAAGAACAUACCUACAGAACCGAGUCACAGUAUUGGGCGUAUCACUAAAGAGAAAUAUGAGAGUACAGAAGAAUCAUUUGCGAACACGAAGGAGACCGUAUCAGGAUUACCUCUUAAGUUGUUCGGCAAGCGAACAAAUGGCGGUCGGAGCGAUGCUCCGGCAGUCUUGGUGGUCGUACCGAAACCGAACGGGGUGGUCGAUGCUUUCUGGUUCUUCUUUUACAGCUUCAAUCUAGGUAAUACUGUGUUUAAUAUUCGCUUCGGUAACCAUGUAGGAGACUGGGAGCAUACUCUAGUGCGCUUCCAGCACGGCGAGCCAACGGAGAUCUUCUUUAGUGAGCACAACUUCGGGCAAGCCUACUCGUUUGAUGCAGUAGAAAAAUCGAAUAAACGACCCGUGGGGUAUUCCGCCACAGGCUCACACGCAAUGUAUGGCACUGCAGGCGAGCAUCCAUACGUUCUUCCGAAUGGAGUCUUGAAAGAUGUCACCGACCGUGGUCCGCUUUGGGAUCCACUUCUCAAUGUUUACGCGUACACCUAUGACUAUUGGAGGGAUGUUCUUCGUGCUUCGACUAGAACACCAGAGGCACCACUUGAAUGGUUUUACUUCAGUGGCCGCUGGGGCGACAAGAUCUACCCACUCAGUGACCCGAGGCAAUACAUGCUACUCGGAAACUACCACUAUGUGACUGGUCCAACAGGACCUCGUUUCAAAAAUCUAGCAAGGAAGAAUGUGUGCCAGAAUAAUGAUCGAUGCAUCAUCAAGCACUGGCUGAGUGUUGACACGGAAAUUCGUGAGCUCUCAAACUUCCCGAACGGCGAAGAAGUUUGGCAGGAUGAUCAGCCUCCAGAUCAAGUGGAAUGAACAUUGGGCAUGCAAUGUACACUAAGCUUCCAGAUUUCAGUCGAAAAUGCGCAAUGCCAUACAUGUUUCUCGGAAUCACUAUUACAAUGUCAUUGUUCUAGAUAUUCUUAGACGUCUAAGUCCCAAGAACAUAUUUCUGAUACGACUCACUAAAUUAGCAAUUGACUAUACAGGUCAAUCAACAGCAGGCAUAAUUACUUCUAGGAUAAGUAUAUUGUCGAAUUGGUGGUAAUUUUUGUGGUAAUAAGGGG